GUCAUCCCCAGUGGGUCAGCUGGCCCCGCCAUCUGAAAGGAAGCGAGAACCUCUCCCAUUGGGAGACAUCACCAUCACCUCCCGACCCCAAAGAAAAAAAAAAUGGCACAAACCUUUUCAUAUUGACUUCGAUCGUCGUUGGGGGUCUUAUUUAUUAUUAUAUUAAUUAAUUAAUGUAUUUAUUCCCCCCAACCACCAAUGGCUGAGUUCGCUCCCUGCGGCUGCUGAGAAGCAGGUGCGGCAUUAUCGACGAAGGCAUCACUUUCUCUCCCCCGACUCGGCAUGGCCCCAGACAGGCCACAUCCACUGGAGAGACAGCCUCGCGGUUCCACCGUCGCUGAGGUCGCUCUUUUGUGUUAUUCGGAGGGAGUUAACUAGCUGGGCCGUGACACGACGAACUGGAGGAGGAGGAGUGGCCCUUCGUAUAUUUUUCGUACGAUUACAUUUCCAUCGCCGAUGUGACUGUUAUGCGGAAUUACGCGUUUCUCCUGCGUUGACCUGAUCCCAAAACACUUCGACAGUCGACGAGGCCUUUGAAAGUCUUCAUCUGGCUCACCGCAGCCAGCUGCAGACGCCAAGAUGAUGGAGCUACAGAUUGACGAGGUGGUCUACCAGGAUGACUAUGGCUCCUGUACCGUCAUGUCGGAGCGAGUGUCGGGCCUGGCCAACAGCAUUUACCGGGAGUUUGAGAGGCUUAUCCGCAGCUACGAUGAGGAAGUGGUGAAAGAGCUCAUGCCACUGGUGGUGAAUGUCCUUGAGAACCUGGAUGCCGUGCUGUUAGAGAACCAGGAACACGAAGUGGAGCUGGAGCUCCUGAAAGAGGACAACGAACAGCUGAUCACCCAGUACGAGAGGGAGAAGGCGCUGCGCAAGCAGGCGGAGGAGAAAUUCAUUGAGUUUGAGGAUGAGUUGGAGGAAGACAAGAAGGACCUGCAGGUCCAGGUGGAAUUUUUGGAGCUGCAGGGAAAACAGCUGGAGCUGAAGUCAAAGAACUAUGCUGACCAAAUCACGAGGUUGGAGGAGAGAGAGUCUGACAUGAAGAAAGAAUACAACGCUCUGCACCAGCGCCACACUGAGAUGAUCCAGACAUACGUCGAGCAUAUCGAGCGCUCCAAAUUGCAGCAGACAGGAAGCAGCCAAUCAGAUGGCAGCGGACGAACUCACCGUCACACAUGGAGGAAAAGCAAAGCAGAGCGGCCGCCGUCGUUGAGCCUGUACCCCAGCGGCGAGGGCAUGGUACGUGGGGGUCUCGGGGGGGCUAGGAUGAUGCCCGGGAAAGACAUCUGGCAGGUCAGCGAGCUCGGCCAGUCCACCCUCAGUUCGGCCUAUCAGGAGGACGGAUCCGAGUCUGACUCUGUGGCAGCCACCCCCAGCAGCACCGGAAGCAAAUCCAACACACCCACCUCCUCUGUCCCCUCUGCCACCGUCACCCCGAUCAACGAGGGCUUCCUCCCUUCCUCUGAGUUUGAUGCGAUGCGGGCGGGCAGCCGGGGGAGGAAAAGCGGCAAGAGGCUCAGCCGGAAUAUGGAAGUCCAGGUUUCCCAGGAAACCCGGAACGUGAGCAUUGGUAUGGGAAGCAGCGACGAGUGGUCAGAGUUUCAAGAGAUCAUCGAUUCUACUCCUGAGUUAGACAUGUGUGUGGAUCCGCGCUUGUACGGAGGAGGAAACAGCCCCUCCCAGGGAAUCGUGAACGAGGCCUUCGGAAUCAACACGGAUUCUUUGUACCACGAGAUCAAAGACGCCAAGUCGGACAUCAUCGGGGACGUCGAUGCCGGGGCGGAGCUUCUUGGGGAGUUCUCAGUCCGAGAUGAUUUCUUCGGAAUGGGCAAGGAGGUGGAGAACCUGCUGACGGAGAACAAACAGCUUCUGGAGACCAAAAACGCUCUCAACAUUGUUAAAGACGAUCUUAUUGCCAAAGUGGACGAGCUGUCCAGCGAGCAUGAGGUGCUACGGGAGGAGCUGGAGGCCGUGAGGCAGUCCAAGAGCAAGUUGGACGCCAGAGUUAAGGAGCUGGAAGAAGAACUACGGAGGUUAAGAGCCGAGGCUCUCGGAGCAUCUCGGGACUCCAAGGAUGAAGGAAACGACGAUUUCUCAUCGCCCAUACAAGACGGCGAUAUGACCAUGACCCAGAGGCGACGGUUUACGCGGGUGGAGAUGGCGAGGGUGCUGAUGGAGAGGAACCAGUACAAAGAGAGGCUGAUGGAGCUGCAGGAGGCUGUGCGAUGGACCGAGAUGAUUCGGGCUUCGCGUGAGAGUCCUGCAAUCCAAGAGAAAAAGAAGUCCACCAUCUGGCAGUUCUUUGCACGUCUCUUCAGCUCAUCGUCCAGCCCUCCGCCCGUCAAACGUCCGUACUACAGCGUCAACAUUCACUACAAGUCGCCCUCGCCGGCGGGCUUCCCUCAGCGCCGCAGCCACACCAUGUGUCAGAUCUCCACCUCCAACCGCACCUUGGAAUUCUUCCCAGAAGAAAGUCGAGGCUUUGGCUGGCUGGUUGUACUUGUGAAGGGCCAGCAGGCAGGUGGCUCUAACUCUGGUCUCCCACAGACUGCCGGUCAGACGGACAGCGCUCAGGACAGCCAGCUGAAAAGACAACAGACCACCGGUGAAAAAGACGACAAUCGCAUGAAGAAUGUUCCGGUCCCGGUCUACUGUCGGCCCCCUUCAGACUUUGCCCCCAAUAGAAAGCUAUGGUGUGCCGCUGGCGUGGACCUGACGGGAUGGAGAACCGGCAGCCAAGAGUCAGAGCCACCGAAAGCGCUCCCCAGCGGAAGCGACCCUCUGCAAGCGGAAGAGAAUGACGGAGGCAAGAAGAGCAAUCACAACUCUCCUGAGAAGAGGAAGUCCAAGGAGCUGCAGGAAACCGACACCAUGAGCAGCCGCGUUUGGAUCCUCACCAGCACGCAUUCUGCCAGUAAAGUGGUGAUCAUCGAUGCCAACCAGCCGGGCUCGCUAGUGGACCAGUUCAACGUCUGCAAUGCUCACGUCCUCUGCAUCUCCAGUGUGCCAGCUGCCAGUGAGAGCGACUAUUCGGCUGGAGAAAUCGUUUUGGAUCCGGGUGACGGUGGUGCAGGGGCGGGCGAUGAUGCCGGCAGCGUGGAGGGUAUGUUGGCUGGUAUCACGCUAGUGGGUUGCGCCACUAACUGCAGUGUUGCCCGUAGCAACUGCUCCUCACGCACUGACACUCCCAUAAUGGACAAAGGACAAGCCCCCGUCGCCCCCCCAACAAGCAGCAAGAUUCUCCCAGCCCAGUCCGCUGAGGAGGCCACAGAGGCCACCGAAGUUCCGGAGUCCACAUCCGGUCACGCAGAACUCAAAUCCGCACCCUCGGGACCGUUCAUGGAGCACGUCUUCACCGAUCCGCCGCCUCGUUCGGCAGAUGCCUCUGACAGGGCCGCCGGUCAGUCCAAAGAGGAAACAUCAGUACCUCCAGAAAUAGAAGAUGCUGGUGAAGAGACCAAGAUUUACACCAGCAUGGCACCCACCAUGUGGCUCGGGGCCCAGAACGGCUGGCUUUAUGUCCACUCGGCGGUUGGCAACUGGAAAAAUUGCCUCCACUCCAUCAAACUGAAAGACUCUGUGCUCAGUCUGGUGCACGUGAAGGGUCGGGUGCUGGUGGCACUUGCUGACGGGACCCUCGCCAUAUUCCACCGAUCGGAGGACGGCCAAUGGGAUUUGUCCAACUACCACCUGAUGGACCUGGGCCGACCUCAUCAUUCCAUCCGCUGCAUGGCCGUCGUGCACGAUAAAGUGUGGUGCGGCUACAAGAACAAGAUCCACGUCAUUCAGCCGAAAAGCAUGCAGAUCGAGAAGUCCUUUGACGCCCACCCUCGUCGGGAGAGCCAAGUGCGCCAGCUGGCUUGGAUCGGCGACGGCGUGUGGGUGUCGAUCCGGCUGGACUCCACGCUGCGCCUCUACCACGCCCACACGCACCAACACCUGCAGGACGUGGACAUCGAGCCUUACGUCAGCAAGAUGCUCGGCACCGGCAAGCUGGGCUUCUCCUUCGUGCGCAUCACGGCUCUCCUGAUUGGUGGAAAUCGCCUGUGGGUGGGCACUGGAAAUGGCGUGAUCAUCUCCAUCCCGCUAACAGAGACGGUGGUCCUUCACCGGGGACAACUCCUGGGUCUGAGGGCCAAUAAGGUGUCUCCGACAUCUUCCGGAGGCGUGAUCCACGUGUACGGCGACGACGGCUCCGAGAAAAGCAACGGAAGCUUCAUCCCCUACUGCUCCAUGGCACAGGCGCAGCUCUGUUUCCAUGGACACCGCGAUGCCGUGAAGUUCUUCGUCACAGUACCCGGCAACGUUCUGGCCACGCUUAAUGGCAGCGUGCUGGACAGCCCGACGGAGGGUCCGGCCUCCGCGGCCCCUCCGGAGACGGAAGCCCAGAGUGUUCAAAAUGUGCUCGUGCUGAGCGGCGGCGAGGGUUACAUUGACUUCCGCAUAGGGGAUGGUGAGGACGAUGAGACAGAAGAAGGAGAAAGCGAUGGCGCUUCCCAGGUCAAACCUGCUUUGUGCAAAGCGGAGCGGAGCCACAUCAUCGUGUGGCAGGUGUCUUACAUUCCCGAGUGAUUUCUUCAUGACUCUCCUCCUCGCAGCCACUCAAACUCUGUCAUGCAAAAUCCCCGCUCAUGUAUAAGUUCUCCCUACUCAAUCCAUUAUCGUACAAGCUGUCCAUCAUCCCUCGUGCCCCGUCAACUACUAACCUUAUUGCCUCGUACGUUCCUAAUCUGCCUGCCAUGCUUUUCCCGUCCCCCAUCAGGGCAUUCGAAAUAUCAUUGUGGGCCUUGUAACUCGGCUUCAUAACUACUGGACCUUAUCUGUCGUGUAUUCGCCUUUCAAGCACUAUGCCCUAUAUUGUCCCGCAUCAGCCCCACGGUUCCUUCGCUUCCUUUAGUUUGCCAGUUGGCAAACGUGAAAUCCUUCUCAAAGCCCCCCACCCCCGCCCUCUUUCCCCCCCAAAAAAACUCCAUUGUACGUACCAAAAACAAAAAGAUGCUGAGAUUACAUUUCAAGUAGCCAAUAGUUCUAUUUGUCGGAAUAUUAACAAUUGAAUCACUUUGUCGUGAUUGCAAAUGGAUGGUGAAGGCAUGUUCACCUCAACCUUCAAGAGCAAGAGUCGGGAGGACCCCUUGGUAAAACCUGCGGCCGCCUGAUUCCUACUUAAGAUCUGAUGUCAUUGCGGUGUUUCGGGUGACGGAAAGCAGGUGAAUUUGUCGUCACUGUGUGUACAGGUCACUGUAAAUGUCUCCAAAGUCCACAUCCUCUAUGGUCAAUAUGGAAAUUCAUGCAUCGAUCUCUGUGUGGAUGAUAACCUAUUAAACGUACGUGUGCUGAUAAACGGCU